ACAAAAAUCAAUAUACCCCCCCCCCCCUCAUCAUGUUCAUCCAGUCCUCUUCCCUUUGCAACCUACCACAUGAAAUAUUCGAGAAUAUCGUCCUAGAACUCAUCUCAGACGAUGGCCCCAUCCUCCCUCUUCUCCAAUCUUGCAAACAAAUAAAUAAUAUCCUCGGUUUCCCGCAAAAUACCCAUCUAUACUCUCGCAUCUUUCGCUAUAGAUUCAACUCAGCCGCAUCAGUCAGACGACUCGGUGCUCGUACUCACCACUCUCGCCAUCUUGCUCACCAGUUGGCGUGGUAUUCCACGGCCUUAAAAUGCAUUAGAAGGGGAGAUAUUUACGAUAACGGCGUCCUAGACGCUUUCUGGGCUUCUUUCGCACUCAUGUCUGAGAACGACGGAAAGAAUCGUCAUCUCCUCGAGGCAGCAGGUCUCCCAGAUUUCGUAGACGAGUUUGUUCGCAAACGCCUAUACGAAGAUUGCGCUAACACCAAUGGCUGGCCCAACGAAUCCUCCAUAAACUGUCUUGCGUUAUGGUUGCUUUGGUUCACCAGUACAGAGGAGCGUCUCAAAGCCGAGUCUACUGUCCGACGCAACGAGAUAAUCAGACUCGUCCUCCCUUUUGUCAUCGUUCCCUUUCGCUACCCCUCAGCUCAUGCCCCCCACAACCACUUCACCAUGCCCCUCACAGAAAACUCGAACGGCCACCUCCGUCAAUCCGUUAUCCCCGCACACGGCACCUUCCCAAUCUAUCGUGCCGGCAGAGCUCACACAACCCACUUCUACGACCGCACAGACCUCGAAAUUGGCAUUCCACUCGCUUCCACCGCUGCGAAGUUGAUCUUCUUCUCACGUCGCCAAGUAACACCUAUCGGAAUCCCAAUCCAUCUCCCACUCACUCGUCAACAUGCUUUUCAACUCGGUUUUGGCGACCAAAUCGGCCCCACUCAAGAAGACGUCCACGAACUCAACCAACAUAAAGUCGUCAAGCACCCUUCUCUUGCCAUCACCGACUCUACCCCAACUCCCAGUUCCCAACUCGAUGACGACUGGUACCGCCUCACAGACUGCAUCUAUCCAAUGCAAAGAUCUUCCCUCAAGAACACGCAUUACACCUACGGCUCUGCAACAGGUCUCUGGCAAGGUCGUAUAUUAGUCCCCACCGAUAAUGCAUUCGCCGCAAUCCUCCAGCACGUUCAAAUGCCGGAAGAAUUCACAGAACAACAGCUCUUCCUGAACGCUUACCCUCUCUUCAUGCGCCUUCGUGAAUAUCACUGCGUGGACCCCCAGGACCCUGCCCCAACUGGUGGGGCGGAUGAUGGGUUUGAUGAUGGCAUUUCGAACGCUUGGAUACCCAGGGGCGUGCAUUUACACGAGGAUUUGUCCGAAGGCAAACUCAAACUCCAACAUCACGAUCGCACAUACACAUACGAAGCUUAUCGCCCAGGCAUAGCAAAUUCUCACGACGAAGCCACUUGUCGCGGAUGUCAAUACCGCGGGACGUGCAACAUCGUUUAUAGGGAGCAUGAUGAUCAGUUCUUGGCCGAGCGGUCUCCUCAGGGUGAUGAGAGCGAUACAGAUGCUGAUGUUGAUGUGGGUGACGACGAUGGUCAAUUCCUACAAGACGCUUCUACGCGGUACGAUUCAGUCAUCGACGACAUCUUUCGUCAGAAAGAUGAUGAAGCGAUGGACGAAGACUCAGACACCGAACUUGCGUCUGCAUCAGACUACGAGAGCGACGAGGAGGAGUAUUGUGUGGAGAGGAAAUGUAACGGUGUGCUUGAUAUCGCACUCGUUGGCGAGACCGACUUUCAACAUGGCCAGGCGUGGAACCACUACAAAUUCUAUGGCCGCGUCCGCGAAUGGGACGGACUCGUCGCGCUCGUUCGUAUCCCUGCACACCAGCACUCACAUCCUGCGGUCGGACUCGGAUUGUGGGUAUUCAGCGGGUAUAUUGUUGGAGGACAAAAUUUCGUGGGGACGUGGCGGGCACUGGGGGAGGUGAACCCCGUUACCCCUACCCUUGAGAGUGCGUUUGCCAUGACAAGGAGGGAGGAGGGGUCGUGAGGGGGUGAUGCGGAGAGGAGGGUUUGCGAUACGUUACCGAGGUUUCCAGGGCCCCUCAUACCCCGCAUGCCGACAAUCCAGGACCCAAGAACCACG